AUGGUCGCAAAUGACGAUAGCAAGAACAAGGACCGAAGCAAGGCCCACGACGACACUGACCGAGAACCUGUCGUCGACUUUAAUGCACUUCCGUCCGAGGUCGUCCAGUCGUACAUCUCCUUCUACGAUCUCGCGCAAGCGUAUCCACCCAUCGACUCUUCACAGCAGGAUGCGGGUUCGUCUUCUAAUGGACGCAAGCGCAAAGGUCGCGCCGCGUCUCCCUUGACAACUAGUCUGAGUCGAAAGCGCAAUGCAGCAGAGAGCAGUGCUGCCGAGACUGCCGCAGCCUACGGCGUCAAUGCAGCCAAAACCAACGAAGACGAGAUCCCAUGUCCGCCGCACUUUUUCGAUGCCGACGCGGCCACCAACUACCUGAGCCAAGUCGCAACACAGCACUUCGCAUCACAACCUGCUCCAAAAGAAGGCGAGGUGGUGGUUGGUUUCUUGUACAAGUGUCGUGCCAAAGGCGAGCUCAACAGACCGUUGGCACAUUACCGUCUCAACGACGCCUCGGCGGACAAGGCACAGGCACCAGAGCCGCUUGCUCAACGCACAAGGUAG